CUUAAAAUUCGGGUUUGAUGAUUUGGGAAUAAUAUUUGGAAGUUGCAGAGAGAAAUAAAGGAUAGAGGUAUAGAGGACGUGUCGGGAUCGGCGAGAGUAGCAAUCAGAACUAUUUUGGCUGCGCGGGAAUCUUCCUGGAAAUUCAUCAUUGCCAAGAAUUGCUCUGCUUCGCACUCUUGACUCGCAGCAGAUUCUCCGGCUCUAGUUCUUGUAAAGUGAUGGGUGGGAAAAGUUCUAAGCCUGGAAGUUCAAGACGCCAUUCGUCUAGUCGGUCUAACUCACAGCAGUGGAGUAAUUACAAUUAUCCGGGGUCGCCAUAUAAUCAACCAAGGCCACAGUAUCAGUUUGCACCUCCAACUCCAAGCUAUGGUGGAACUCAGGCCCCUGAGACAAGAAAGAGGCUGGAGAGGAAGUAUUCAAGGAUAGAUGAUAACUAUAAUAGUCUUGAGCAGGUUACCGAGGCAUUGGCUCGUGCAGGCCUCGAGUCUUCGAAUCUUAUCGUUGGUAUAGAUUUCACAAAGAGCAAUGAGUGGACAGGAGCAAGAUCAUUUAACCGUAGAAGUUUGCAUCACAUUGGAGAUGAGCAAAAUCCCUAUGAACAAGCAAUAGCAAUUAUUGGGAAAACAUUAUCUUCCUUUGAUGAAGAUAAUUUGAUUCCUUGCUUUGGUUUUGGAGAUGCAUCGACUCAUGACCAAGAGGUUUUCAGCUUUUAUCCAGACGAUCGAGUUUGUAUUGGAUUCGAAGAAGUGUUGGAUAGAUAUAGGGAACUUGUGCCUCAUCUUCGACUUGCAGGACCAACAUCAUUUGCUCCUAUUAUCGAAAUGGGUAUCACAAUCGUAGAGCAAAGUGGUGGCCAAUAUCAUGUAUUGGUAAUAAUAGCUGAUGGUCAGGUUACAAGAAGUGUUGAUACAGAGGGUGGACAGUUUAGCCCACAGGAAAAGAAAACCAUUGAAGCAAUUGUGAAAGCUAGUGCAUACCCCCUGUCAAUUAUACUGGUCGGAGUAGGGGAUGGACCUUGGGACAUGAUGAGGGAAUUUGACGACAAUAUCCCGGCUCGAGCCUUUGAUAAUUUCCAAUUUGUAAACUUCACAAAUAUAAUGUUGAAAAAUAUGGAUCGAGCUCGAAAGGAAACGGAAUUUGCUCUAGCAGCACUCAUGGAAAUACCCUCCCAGUAUAAAGCAACACUGGAGCUUGAUAUUUUGGGUGCCAGCAGAGGGAAGGAAAUCGACCGAUUUCCUCUUCCCCCUCCUCGCUAUGGUCCUAGUUUCCAAAAGACCUCUAACUCGAGCAGUUCUCGCCCAAUGCCACGCUCAUUUGCUGGAGUUGCUCCUGUCCGAUCUGCACCUCCUCUAAGUUCGGUUCCUGAUGCCCAUGCUUGUCCCAUUUGCAUCUCCAAUGCAAAAGAUAUGGCUUUUGGUUGUGGACAUCAGACAUGCUGUGAAUGUGGACAGGAUCUUCAGUUGUGCCCCAUAUGCCGCAGCUUUAUUGAAACUAAGAUAAAGCUUUAUUAGCUAAAACCCUCUGUGCUGAAUUCUUUCUCAUUUCCCAAUAUCAACUCCAGCUUCUUGCUUGAGUCGUCUUUGCAACUCCUUUACUGGGCUCGAAAAGGUGUCGGUGAUUUGGUAAGUCGAACGAUAUAAUUUUGUAAAUAUCGAUAGUUUGUCCCACUGAUUUUCAUUCAUGUGUUUCCAUGUCAUUCCAUAAAAUGUCUAGAAAUGAUGCUCGUUAAGUCUCGUAGGGGCAAUAUACGCCUCGAAUUCUUUACCAAACUAGUUUUUCAUUAGUAUGAAUGUAAUUACAAUAUCUUUAGUGGCAU